AUGACGACGUGAAAAAAAAUGCUACUGCGCCAAAUGAUAGGCCUCGGGUUACAUAUAGCAACAAGAUGAAAAUAAAAUGAAAGUUUUGGGCUUUCUCUGAAGGCAAGUCGCUGUAGUUGUAUACGUUCACCCUGUGCAUGCUUAAAUAAAGUCAUUUGAUCUGUUUCCUUUGCGUGGUGAUGCCUGAAGGCGGGCUGUUUGUCUCUGUAGUAUUUGGAUGACGUCCACUGAGUUAAUAUGACUGUUAUAAACUGUUGAUAGAAUCAACGAAGAGGAAGCACAUGUCUUUCCUAGUAAGUUGAGGGCCACCGUUUUAUUUUGCAGGGCUGUGCGAAGAAAUAUAGCGAGCCGCGCGUGCACACACACACACACACACUUGCACGCGAAACGGGAGGGGGAGAAAACCGGGCACUUGUUUUCCUGUGAAGUGGCACGCGCCGGUGAUCGGCUUGGCUGGGGCUUUGAGCUCAGUGGGAGACGCGCUGUGAGUAAGUGUCAUGGCCGCCGCCCGCUGCUGAGGAACCGGGUUACACUAUGAGGACGCGCGACACCACGUAGGUCCGUUUGAUGGUUUGCACGCGUUGUUUGUGUAUUCGCAUAAAAGUAACAACUGACUCUCACACACACCCACCUAUUUAUCUCUCUUUAUGAAGUUUUUCCUGAAGUGGAAAUUGGGUCGAAGGAAGGAGGGAGGGAGGCUGAGUAUGAGUAGCUAAACUCGGCGCGUGCUAAUUUCCUCCUAGGACCUUAAAUAACAGGAGUCUAUGAUAUAAACAUGGAAGUGGAACCGCCAAAUCUAAGCAGCCAUACUAAGGCUCAAGCUGGUGACAAUGACAGAGGCAACUGGCGUAGACGGCUGCGACUCAGGAAAUCCUCAACCUUGUCUCACACUGUGAAAAGUCAGAUUGAAGAGCAGAAGGUCGAUAAAGAAUUGACCCAGGAGUCAUCACAAAACGAACAAAAGGAUCACCAAGUAUUGGACACUGCUAGCAGCAAGCUUACAUUCACUUGCUCUGAUUGCAAGGAUAGCACAAGAUUUAGUCCAGAUGGUUUGUUAAAACACUUUAAAAACUUUCAUGGAGGUAAAGGAAACCCACCGACUUUUCUUUGUGACCUAUGCAGUUUUGCUGCUCCUGACUUCACUACCCUGCAACAGCAUUACCUGAAGCACAAACACUCUAGACUCACAUGUGAGACGUUCAAUGACAAAGGCUUGCAAAUGCCUACGCAACUCCCAAAGCAUUGUAAAACACACAACAAUCAGUAUCAGUGUGAAAAAUGCAAGUUUUCUUCGAAGGAACAGACACAUUUUCUACAUAACUCUUGUCCACACAAUCCUGUACCAGCUAUAGACAGCAGUGAAAAGUUAAGCAGUGAACUUAAGCCCAUGAAUGGUGCACUGAAUAAGAAUUGUUUGGCUGAUGCUGCAGCUGAACUCCCAAAAGAUGUCCUAGUAGAGCACACGACUACAGCCUGCCAUCGAGGGUGGAUCAGAAAGAACUGGUGGAAAAAUAGAGACACUGCCCCAAAACAACCUAAACACACUGCUGCAUUUCCUGAUUCCCAAAUCCUGAUUCCCAAAUCAGAAAUCCAGUGGACUUCUGCAAAAUUUCUGCCUUUUUCAGCUGCCGGUUUGCUCGAUGAAAACGGUGAACUACUACAUCCAACACGGACCUUAGAGGAGACUAAGCAGUUUUUGGAAAGGACAGUUAACUGUGGGAAAAAAUGGCCAGUGACUCUAAAUGGUGAACCAGGAUCCUUCCUCUCUGAGCCAAAGAUGAAGCGAUGUGCCACACCACUUCCUGUACUGAAUUCUGGGAACGAACUUUCUGGGCUCAUGGAAAAGAACAAUAUUUCAGUUCCACCUGAUUGCACUACAAGGGUUGUUGGUUUCAAAACGGUGGAUGGAAAAAAGCAUCUCGUUCUUAAAGUCAUCCCUUCACCCAAGCCAGAGGUUUCUUCAUACACAAGAGAAGAAGCGGCAGGAUUAAACCAGGAAGAAAGAAAUGCUAAACAGUUAGACCCUCAUAUUGAGAGACCCAGUGAUCAAAUGUGCAGUGAAUCAGGCAACAGUACCACUGCAGAUUCCACAUUCAACAGCUAUGAUACUACCUCAACUUCUCACCAGCCCCAAAAACAAGGACUUGAAGAAGAAGACCAAGAUACAAUGAGAAAUGCACCUCAGGUUGAUAACACUGGACAUGACUGUAGCGAUGACCAAAGUGCGUUCACUUUAGGUCCUGAUGCACCUACACAACUCACUCUUUCAGGAACCGAGGAUGUUUCUGAUGUAGUAAGUCAGACGAAGAAUGAAAAAAAAGCAUCUCCUGAGGCACAGUUUAACGCUAAUGACACAAAUGACCUCAGUGAAGAAACUGCAGGUGUGCUGGGGGAAGUACGUUCUGUCAGAGAGGCAGAUAUCCCAUCUCCACGAACAAAUAUUCAGGAGAUGAGUGACGCACCAAACCACACUGACAAUCCAGAAAAAGCAGCAAGAGAUUGUAAGGAAAUGAAUUCCGAGCCUUCCACGAAUCAACAGGAUAAUAAUAUUGAAGCUCUGUCUUCCUGUACUUCAUCUGGUUCUGGCAGCAUGGAAGAGGGAAUAAACUCCCAGCUCUUUACAUUGAUGUCUGAGAAAAAAAGAAGCCCUGAUAUAUACAUGAAGAACAUGGAUAAAAAGGCCGGGAGAGAUAUACCUGUAAUACAGCCGCCUCUGGAUGACUGGAAUAAACGGAACGUGGAGAAAGUUUUAAAGUCUCCCACAAAUAAAAAUGGAGUAGAGUCGAAUAUUAUUGAUCCAACCGUAGCAUCCCCUCCCAAAAAUACUACUGACUCUCUGUUUAUUUCCCCAAGUGAACAUGGAAGUUUGUAUUUCCAAGACAGUGGAGAUGAGAACAUAAACAAUAUAGAAAAUAUCCCCCUAGAUCAGACCCAUACAGUGGAAACUGUAGAGGAAACAUACUUAUCACUGUUAUCGCUCGAAGACUUCUGUCAUAAUCCAGACCUGAAUCAGACCCUCGAAGAGCUCCCUGUUACCACAGUAAGCCAUUUGCUGGAUGACUCUGAAGUUGCACACAGAGGUAUUUCCUCUCAAGCUGAACCAGGUAGCAUGGCUAUACACUCACCCAAAGCCAUACGAGUAACAGCAGUGACUAAUGACAAGGCUUCUUCACAACUACCACUAAAGACUGAAACUACUACCAACAAGAAGCGACACCGAGAACCAAGCACAAAAGACUCUCAGGGACUCAUCUCGAAAUCUAAAAGACGUCUUGUUCAAAAUUCCCAAUCAGCAUCUAUCCCUUACUGGGUACCAGCUCCUCCUGAUAUAGAAAGGACUCUCCGGCUCUUUCCGGUUCGUUCCUCGCAGGCUGUAAAAGCACCGCGUCUAAACCAACCUGUCGUGGUCCUCAAUCACCCGGACACAGAUAUUCCCGAAGUGGCAAACAUUAUGAGAUCAGUUCACAGACACAAAGAGGCUGUGCAAAAGGUCAUCCUAUCUCAGGGAACUCUAAAAGCUCUAUCUGAGCUUAAUCGUGACACAUUCCGUAAUGUACGUUCAGACGACUCGCAGUCGUCUCUCUACAGAAGAGUGUGGCCUCAAGGGACAGUUAAAGAAAGGUUCAUCCUUAAUCUGAAGCUGAAGAGGUUGAGUGGCAAUAAGUUUGUGGUGGCAGAUCUAAGCCCAAACGCUAACCAGAUUCAGUCAAGCUUUAGGUGCUGGUUUUGCGGUCGCUGCUUUAGGAAACAGGAGGUGUGGGUAGGUCAUGGUCAGAGGCAUAUUAUGGAGGCUACGCGAGAUUGGAACAAGAUAUUCAACAGUGAAAGGCAGAGCAAUGGUUCAGAUCAACAAUCAUUCUAUUGAGCUUGUGUGAUUCAUAAGCAUUGCUUUAUGGAAGCCGUUUAUUCAUGCAUUGAUCGUUCUAGAAGAUUUUGAGUAAGCUGGAACAAGGUUUAUUCAUGCACAGCUCAGGGUUUGUUUGUAGUGUUGUGUUCGGUUGAUGAACCGUCUCAGGGACAAUAGGCCAACAGAAGCAGAAUUAUUUAUUUGUUCUUUUUACUUCGGUGUCAUUGUACGUUAUCGUAAAAGCAAUAUGCAUUAUUUAUACGAAGAUUUCUAAAGCACUUGUUUAUAACGUGAUCUGACCAAAAUGAAAUAGCAUUGCUGUAGAAUGUAUUGAAAACAGCAACAUCUGUUGUAUGACUAUUUAUAGCUUUAAUUGCUUCCAUCUAACUGAGGAUGUUGAUUUUUGUUUUGUCUAACCUGCUGAUGAAUUUAUUGAUGUUGUUCAACUAAAAUCUUUAUUUUUUUGCAUUAAUUUUAUAUAUACGACAAUUGCUUACUGUUUUUAAGUAGGUUCCUGUCUUUGCCACUAAGGGUUUUUUUUUUUUUUUUAUGUAACCUUAACAGAUUUAUGUUCUACUGUGAGAUCACAAUCAAUUCAGACAAAUCACCUGUUAAGGUUCCCUGGAAUUAUGUUUAUAUUUAGUGAUAACAGCAUUCCUCUACAAUGUUAUCAUUGUCUUGUAUACCAAAAGUGUUGUGUGUGUUUUGUUGUCUCCACACCCCUCACCCCCGUACUGUAGUGGUUCGACUGAAUUCAGGAUGCUGCAGUUAAAAGGAUUUCAUCAUCUCUGAUUUGUAACAGUGGCAGUGUUAUCAAUAGGCUGAAUCAAUUCCAACUCGGUUUGUAUUGUCAUUCUAGGAGCGAGAGUUAGCUGUGUAGAUCUCUCCAUCUCUAUAAUGUAAAAUCUUUAUGUUGUAUUUAUUCUUUUCUGAAAAGUGUUGCAAAGAGAGAUGAAUCUGGUUACUUUUAUUUAUAUUGUGAAUUUACCAGACAGUGGUCUGUUGUGAUUGAGUGGUUAUUAAUUGUAGCAGCUAAUUAUUUAUAUUAACGUGAUCACUUCAGCUUGUAUUCCACGGUCCAGUCCCACUUCCUGUAUCCAUAAAUCUUAUAUCUGACUAGAAACACAAACCUGCUUUUUUUUUUUUUUUUUUGUAAAUGUCAAAACACUGUUAAAAAGCUUGUAAAAA